UCACCAUCUAACCACGUGACCCUCCUAUGACUUUAUUUUGGAUUGAAUAACUAUAAAUUCGUGCCCUUCAUACGACACUCGUAAACUAGAAACCGUACGGACAAGUUGUGCAUUCAGUGUAAUAAAUUGUUCUAACAAAUAUCAGAUACCAAUCAUGAGUAAAAUUGGAAUUAACGGUUUCGGACGUAUCGGACGUCUUGUAUUACGUGCUUCAGUAGAACGUGGCGCAGAAGUUGUUGCCAUCAAUGAUCCCUUCAUCGGUUUGGAUUAUAUGGUAUACUUAUUCAAAUACGAUUCCACACAUGGUAUCUUCAAGGGUGAUGUUAAAGCUGAAGGUGGUAAACUCGUUGUAAAUGGAAAAGCAAUUGAAGUAUUCUCUGAAAGAGAUCCAAAGGCAAUUCCAUGGGGAAAAGCUGGUGCUUUAUACGUCGUUGAAUCCACUGGUGUAUUCACAACAAUCGACAAAGCUUCUGCCCAUUUAGAAGGUGGUGCCAAGAAAGUAAUCAUUUCAGCACCAUCAGCUGACGCACCAAUGUUCGUAUGUGGUGUCAACUUAGAAGCAUACGAUCCAAGUUUAAAAGUCAUCUCAAACGCUAGUUGCACAACCAAUUGUUUGGCUCCAUUAGCCAAAGUUAUCAACGAUAACUUUGAAAUUAUUGAAGGUUUAAUGACCACCGUACAUGCCACAACUGCCACACAAAAGACUGUUGACGGUCCAUCUGGUAAAUUGUGGCGUGAUGGACGUGGUGCCGGACAAAAUAUCAUUCCAGCUUCAACUGGUGCUGCCAAAGCUGUUGGUAAAGUAAUUCCCGCAUUGAAUGGUAAACUUACCGGUAUGGCUUUCCGUGUACCAGUACCAAAUGUAUCCGUUGUUGAUUUAACUGUACGUUUGGGUAAACCAGCCACCAUGGAUGAAAUUAAAGCUAAAGUUAAGGAAGCCGCUGAUGGUCCAUUGAAGGGUAUCUUAGGUUAUACAGAAGAUGAAGUUGUAUCAUGUGAUUUUAUUGGUGACAAUCGAUCAAGUAUCUUCGAUGCCACCGCUGGAAUUUCAUUAAACAACAAUUUCGUUAAGUUAAUCUCAUGGUACGAUAACGAAUACGGUUAUUCAAGUCGAGUUAUUGAUUUAAUUAAAUACAUUCAAACCAAGGAUAACUAAGGGGAUAAUAUUUAUUCAUUAUUUUUUGUGCGUAAAUAUACAUACGCACAUGUUGGUAUUUCAUAAUAAAACCUGUUUAUGUAACCAAUUCGAAACAAAACAAGUAAUUCAUCCAUGAUCUAGAAAAAAUAUUUACUGAGACUAAUACUAGUCAAAAUAAAAAAAAACUAAUUGCA